AUGACAGCCGAGGUAAAAGCGGAAACCACCAUCAACAUGGAGACGUCGACGGAGAUCAUGGCCAAAACGUCAUCUGAGGCUGAAGCUCACUCCACCAGCGACGAGGAAAUGAGCACCACCCCAGUAAAUGAGCAUGAAGUGAGUGAAGAGCAUGAAGAUGACGACAUUCUGGCUCUGUUCCCUGUAUCAGGUAGCACCUCUGCCAUUGAAGCAUUUGUCAAAGCAAUUGAUGAAGGAAUCACCCAUGAAACGAGCAUAUCAACACUUAUGCCAGAUGAAGAACUCCGUACGGUUCCUCUUCCUGCAGAAGCAACCGAAGCUCCCGUUCCUGAAAGCUCAACUGAACACAAACAGGUGGAAACAAACUUUGGUGAAGAUAAGACGGAGAUCGGCAUGGAUGUAAACUCUUUGAGUGAAUCCACAGCAGCCCCAACGGAGCCAGUAAUCGUCGUAGACGAUGCUUCAGAAAAUGUUGCAGAAACCAAUGAUGUUCAAGCAGGAGCAAAGGAAGAAGUGGUUAGUGAUGACUACUACAGCCAGUUUUAUCAAAACACGAUUAUUUCCUCUGGAAUAUGAAG